AUGCCUAUAGAGGCUCUCCCGCAGGCCACAGUUCGAGCCAUUGGGUCGACAUCGGUUAUAUCCGAUCCCUGCUCUGUGGUGAAAGAGCUUCUUGACAAUGCCCUGGAUGCUUCUGCGUCAUCAAUAAGUGUUGAACUGUCCCUGAACACCAUUGAUGUCAUUCAAGUCAAGGAUAACGGUACCGGAAUUUCGGCCGAUGACCACCCUGAUGUUUGCCGGCAUGUAUAUACGAGCAAAAUUCAGACUGUGGAGGACCUGAGGAAUAUCGGAGGAACAUCAUUUGGCUUCCGUGGCGAAGCUUUAGCAAGUGUGGCCGAGAUGUCAGGCGGCGUCACCGUCACUACGCGAACUACGUCAGAGGUGAGUGGGUCAUGCAUCAAGUAUAGCCGAGAGGGCGAGAUUUUACAAAACCAGCGGACUGCCCACCCGGUGGGAACGACUGUCCGCGUCACGGACUUUCUCAAGCACAUCCCUGUCCGCAGACAGACUGUGCUCAAGGGGACCACAAAAGCUCUCACGAAAAUGAGAAAACUUCUGCAAGCUUAUGCAUAUGCUCGGCCUUCAUGUCGGUUCUCUCUCAAACUUCUCAAAGCAAAAAACGAGAACAAUAACUGGAUGUACGUACCCAGUCCAGGGGCUGCGAUAAGUGACGCGUCGGUCAAGAUCAUUGGACGAGAUGCUUCUUCAUGCUGCAUUGUGAAGCACGUUUCGUCCGACGUGAAUGCCCAGAGUGAAAACAACUCGAGCUCCGGUAGCUACCGCCUAGUUGCCUUUCUGCCACGUCCGGAUAUCGACUUCUCCAAAAUCAGUCAUAUCGGCCAGUUCGUCAGUCUUGAUGGCAGACCAUUGUCUUCGUUCAGGGGAAUUUCCCAAGACAUCGUGAAGUUAUUCAAGUCUUACCUCCGUUCGGUUGCUUCCAAGAGUGCGUUUUCGAAGACCAUCGUCGAUCCAUUCCUCUAUCUACAGCUCGAAUGUCCACGAGGUGCCUAUGAUGUGAAUAUUGAACCAGGAAAAGAUGAUGUGCUCUUUGAGGAUCGAGAAAUGAUAGUGUCCCUGGUGGAAAGCCUGUUCCGAGAUUGUUACGGUCACCUACCAGUGGACGCGAAGAAAAGCCCUACCAAGGACAAAUCUGCAUCUUCCAGCACAGCGGGAACGACCACUGGGUUCAAUAUUCUCAUGGCCAGAAAACAUACUGAAAGAUCGCUACCCUCGACUCAAUCAUCUAGCGCCAGAGAGCUCCCGGUCAGAUACUCCACCGAGAAACCACACUCUCAAACUCCAGCCCAAACCCAGGCCGCUGUUUCUUCUGUGAUGGACGAAACAAUGCAGGACUCCUAUUCCGAAGAUGCCGCUAGAUAUAAUAGCCCGGGUGAUCGCAACUCGAGUUUCAUCAACCCUUCGUCUAUUACCAAAAUGAAUACACCGCUACAAACCCCAGGGCGAUAUGACCGAAAUACUGCAAAUCGUACAUCCCUAUCGCCGGAUACACAGCGCAUAGCUCCUGAGCGCAGCCGUGCAGGCCCCACCGUGAGACAUAGCCCUCGGUCUCCCCCGGAUACUCCGAAUAUCACUCAUCCUCGAGACCCACGGGCUCAGUCGGGAUCUCCUGUCAGUAGGAGAUCAAUAGCUCAAAGCCCUAGAAUCCCUUCCUCGUCAAUAGGUCCCACGAACAGUAGCUCAAAGAGAGCGGCAAGAGAACGUGACCGAGAACGUUACGGAAAUGGCUCUCUUGACACUUGGUUUGAACGAACAACGCAAAUCUCAAUGUGCCAAACUCCUCUCGACCAACCUGUCAGUAUCGAUGAGUUGAUCCCCACCUUGUCUCAACUAGCUCAGCAAAGGUUCGGUGCUGAAGACGAUGGUGAGACAACUAGGAAUGAUCUUCCCGAACCUUCCCUAGAUAUUCCGACCGGUACAACUGGCGACGUUGGAUCACUAUCCCCUCCGGGAGACCAAGAGUCGACAGCCGAUGCCCAGGAUUCCUCCAUGAAUAGUGGGAAGGGGUACCCUGUUCUUGAACACUGGGCUGCCAACCUCAAGGAUGGAUUCAACGCCGAGCGGCCUUCUGGCUUAGAGUGGGCGAUGGACUUUGAACGACGCAAGAAAGAAGCCAACCAAAGACAUCGCAGUCGCCCUGCUCCCGACCAGCAGCCAAAUGAGCCAUUAAGUCAACCACAAAGCUCCCAAUCUUCACAAAGACCACAUGAGAACCGAUACCUCGCUGCAAAAGCCGCUUUGGCUGCCGACCGUCCUUUUCCUCCCGAAACAAAUUUCAAACCAGCGAUUCCUCCACAUGACCCAAGGGCAUAUUUGAUGCGCCACGAAAGCUCCAAAGCGUCCAAGAAUAUUUCCCAAGAUGGGACAACCAAAAAGCGUCACCAUUCUAGCCGUUUACCCUUCGAACAGAUUCCAGACGGCCAUGAUCUCCACGAUACAUGUUUGUCCGUGCCAGCAGACCUACCAUCAAUAUCCGACUCCUUUAACUUUGCAACGUCGCACGACUCUUAUAUUAAUGGCGAUACGAAUUCGGAAGCUUUCCUUGAUCCUGAACUCGCCACUCUCGUCCCCAUCUGGACGCGACGGUUGCAAUCCAUCAUUCAUAAACAGUACAAGGGGUCGGGUGACUACCCUUUCUCCGAUCCAGCCGGUCUCGACGCUAUUAUCGCGAAGCAUCUGAAGCUUCAUUACUAA